AACUUCACAUUCAAGUCAUUCAUUACUUACCAAAGGAUUUGUGGAUAUGAAGAUUAAAGGUGGUGGACUAAAAACAUGGGUGAAAACUCGUUGGGGAUCUUUAUAUUUGACUACUGAUUCGAUGCUUCAUGGAUGUCCUGUAUUUGAUUGGGCAAAAGUUAGUAAUUUGAUAUCUGAUGAAGACUUUUUCACUACAUGUCAGUUGGUGCGUUCAGUAUGGCAGACUAUUAAGGAAGUUAUUUAUAUGUUAGAAGCUAAGGAUGCAACAUUAGCCGAUUGUUUUAUCUAUUUAAUCAAGUUAGCCGUAGCAAUUGAUCGCUUACCUGAAAUAAACUUUUUCAAGAUUCCAGCCAUUCAUGUUUUUAAUCGACGUUAUAAGGAAUUUUUGCAUCCUCUUUAUAUUUUGGCAUAUUAUAUUCAUCCACAGUAUAGAGGAAAGGGCUUAAAAGAUAAUGGAUUUCACAAAGCAACUCUUACUUCUCUUGAGCUUUGGCAAAAUCUUGGACAUACUCGAUCAGAAGGUGAAGAGUUAAUUGCACAAUUAUGGCAUUUUGAAGCAUGA